AUGGUGGUGGCCGUUGCAGCCUCCCUGCUAUGGAUGACCAUCUCCUCCUGGCUCAUCCUCGUGAACAAAGCGCUGCUGUCUGGCGGCUUUCCCUACCCCAUGGCCCUCUCGUCCCUGGGGAUGCUGUUUAGUGGAGUCUGCAGCUACCUAGCAUGCAGGGUGUUCAAGGUGGUGGAUGCCCGGCGCACCGUCACUCGGCGCUUCUACCUCACCGGCGUGAUGCCGGUGGGGGCGCUGAUGGCCCUGAACCUGCUGUGCGGAAACCUGGCCUACCUCUACCUCACCGUGGCUUUCAUCCAGAUCCUCAAGGCCUUCACCCCCGUCAUCACCAUGCUCGCCAUGUUCUUGGCGGGACUGGAGACCCCCACCCGCCGCCUGGUGGCCGCCGUGGCGGGGAUCGCGGUUGGCACCGCCGUCGCGGCUGCGGGGGAGGUGCGGCUGGACGUCCUGGGCGUAGCCAUCAUGAUGCUGAGCGAGGUGUUCGAGGCGGUGCGCCUGGUCCUGACGCAGCGCCUGCUCCAGGGCAUGCGGUUCCACCCCAUCGAGGGGCUCAUGUACCUGGCCCCCUCCUGCUUCCUCUGGCUGGGCCUGGGGUCCCUCCUCCUGGAGGCCCCGCGCAUGGCACGCGCCGACGCGCUGGCCGUCGUCCAAGCCCAGCCCGCCACCUUUGUGCUGGCGGCCGUGCUGGGCUUUGGCGUGAACAGCCUGGCCUACAUCGUCAUCCAGGCCUCCUCCUCCCUGACGCUCAAGGUCCUCGGCACCGUGAAGAACUCGGUGGUGGUGCUGCUCGGCGUCGCGCUCCUGGGUGAGAGGGUCACGCUGCUGCAGGGCGUGGGGUAUGGCGGCUCUGUGGCGUCCUUCUGCUGGUACCAGCAGAUCAAGAUGCAGCAGGUGCAUGGCAGGGCCCCCCCGCCACCGGAGGUGAACAGGACCAGGUCAUCACAGGGGCCGCUCGCUUCCGAAACAAAGGCCACAUUGGAGCCGUGA